AAUUCGAAUCAAGUUUUAAACCAGACUUUAAUUGCAAAUUAUGGGGGCAAACCUUUAUCCAAAAACUUUUUGCCUCAAUUUUUAGCGAAAAUCAAGACUAUCGUUAUUACAAUGAAUAAUUUGCCAGAUCAAAUUGUGUUAUUUGGAGACUCGCUUACCCAGCGCAGCUUCGAUGCAAAUAAUAAUGGAUGGGGUGCGUUAUUACUUAAUGCAUACGCGCGUAAAUUAGAUGUUUUCAACCGGGGAUAUUCUGGAUAUAAUACCAGAUGCGCAAAAUACAUUCUCCCACAGCUCCUUCCCGCUUCCUCGUCUUCGUCACCAAAAAUCCAAUUAUUAAUAAUAUUCUUUGGAGCAAAUGACGCUGCAAUUCCGCCAUCAUCUCAACAUGUGCCUCUCCAAGAGUACAAACAAAACUUGGAAUGGUUAGUAGAUCUAGUCAAAAAUCCCGAAUCAAAAUAUUAUUCGCCUGAGACACGUGUUUUGUUGGUCACGCCUCCACCACCAGACAAUGAUGCUUGGGAGGAAUUUUGUCGUUUGCAAGGAAAUACAGUACCGCGUAAUACGUCAGUCACGAAACUUUAUGCGGAUGCCUGUAUUGAGGUUGCGUUACGUAUUGGUGUUCCGUGCGCAGAUGUUUGGUCAGGAAUUAUGAAUAGAGUAUGGGAAAAGAAAGUUGAUGAAGAUGGGGGCGUGAAGGAGCUAAAGUUGACUGAUUUUUUGUGUGAUGGGUUGCAUUUUGGUGCACUUGGAAAUGAGACUGUAUUUAACAUAGUUAUGGGUUCCAUUCGAAAGAAUUGGCCAGAACUUGAUCCUGAAAAAUUACCAUUGAUUCUUCCUGAUUACUCGUCUCUAGAUUUUGAAAAUCCUGAAGAUUUCAAGACUCGAGAGCAUUUUGGUAUGCGCGAGAGCAUGAGACAGUUCAGCGAUGAGCGUGGUGAAGAUUGUGCGGAUGUUGUCGGGAGUCCAGCUGGUUAA